AAGAGAGAUGUCUUCCAAGCCAAUGUCUUGAAUUGAAUUGUCUCGCAUUUCUCUGAUUAGAUAUUGUCUUUGGCGGUCAUAUUUUCAACAAGAAACAGAUUUCUGACAUGAACACAGGUCACUCUGGGGUUUUCCUAACAUAAAUAAAGUGCUGGUCAGAAACGUGUGACCAAUCCUCAGUCUAGAAAUAAUAACCUCUUCCCUACGGGUAACCUCGCUUCUUUUACAGACAGUAACUGAGACAGUUUUGAUUCCUUCGGUGAGAAUCUACAAUGAAUUAGUCAUGAAAAUAAAGGAAACGCACUGAAUGAGAAGGUGUGUCCAAACUUUUGGCCUGUACUGUAUAUAUCCCCAUCGCGGUCCACCGGAAGGGGAGGGACUUCGUCUCUAUUGGUUUAGGUCACACAGCGCCCUCGUUUGAAUGGCGGACGACGUGUAUCAUGAGUAAAUAGCUACUCAAACAGUGUGAGAAACCAUGGAACAGGAACAGCAGGUAGAAUGGGACAAUGUGAAUAAACUUCUGCAGCACCACGGUUUUAAGCCCGUGUGCUUUGCAGAUCCUGUAGAGAACAAGAAUCUUUCAGAUCUGAUUCUGCUGGACAGGAAGUCGGCCAGUGAGAUCAGGAGGACUCUAAAGAUGAUGCUCACAGACUCGGAGAGAAGACAGGCUCUGGUCCAGGAGCUCGUCAAGUCCAACAACCAACUCAAAGAGGAGGCUCACAAGCACACUCUUGGAGCAGCUCAGCAGUGUGAGCGGGCCGCUGAGCUGGAGGCGCUGCUGGCCGUGGUGAGGAUCAGAGUCCAGGACCUGGAGGACCGCUACCUCGCCAAGGCUGUCCAACAGCACAGCCACACACAACAGCUGCAGCGGGACAACCAGGACGCACAGGAGCGGUGUCAGGUCCUGGAGAAGAAGCUGUCUGAACAGAGGGAGGAAGUCGCUCAGCUUCAGAAGAAACUGUAUUUCACCGUCAAAGAAGAAGAGCAACGAUUGGCUCGCCAGGGUCACGCCCUCCAGCAGGUCUGCACCACAGCGAGCCGGCAGAACUCCCCAGCUGAGCCGCAGUCUGUCAAAGGAGAAUCAGGAGGAUCUCACGUGACUCAUCAGGCAAAAAUCAAGAAUGUUACUCCAUCUCUCAGAGCCAUCCUCAAGGCAUACCAGGAACAGCAGAAGGCAAGCGCAGCUCAAAUAGAAGAUCUCAAGAGGGAGGUGGAGCACCUGAAGCGAGAGCUGAGGACGAGAUUACCUCAAAAAGACAACACGACUGAGAGCAGCGAGGACAACGUGACUGAGAGCAGCGAGGACAUCGCUUUGUGUGUCCACUAUCGCCAUCUGUUGGAUGAGAUCAGUGCCGUUGUGAACAAUCCCAACGCUCCGUUGCGCCUGCACCGACAGAAACCCACUGUUGGUUUGGAGCUGGCUGAGUUUCAGACUCUGCUCCCCACAUUGGAGGACUGGGCCCAGCAGCUCCACCUCCUGAAGGAUCUGCAAAGGGGUUUGUGUGAACUGAAAGGCAGACUGAUGCCCUGGCAGCCUCCUGACGAUGGCCAUAAUGCUGGAGAAGCAUUGAAGGUGGAGGACAUGAUGUUGCUGGUGGACACCAUGCUGGAAAACACCUUGUCUGGUGAGGAGAAGGUGCUCCAGACUCCCACUCGGUACACUCUGGGCUCCAUGGUGUCUCACUUCCAGAAGCUGUUUGACGUCCGCUCCCUCAGCGGAGUGUUCCCACGAAUGAACGAGGUCUACACCCGGCUGGGAGAGAUGACCAACGCCAUGAGGAACCUGCGUGAUGUCCUUCAGCUAGACUGCAGGGUUCCUCCCUCCGAGCUGGUAAACCACGUAUCCAGGCUGGUUUCCUCCACUGAACACGCUGCCGGACUCUAUCAGCUGCUGGGAGAGGCCGAUGUUGACAGAAUCCUGGUAAAAGUGAAGCAGCACCAAGAGUUCUUCCCUGCUUUCCACGCCCUCAUCACGGACAUUUUACACACUCUGGGAGUGAAUCACCUGGACGCCAUCAUUCCCGCUCUGCAGUCCUUGAAACAAACACCCCAGUGAUGGCACGGUGGUUCUACUGAACACAGAGCUCUGUUUUAUGUGAAGUGAGGCCUUUUGUUUGGAGUAAGGAGUCUACAUUUGAUGAAUGAGUCACAGGGACUUGAGUCUUAAUAAAUAAAUACAUGAAUCAACAAAUAUGUUAAAGUUUAUAAUUAAAUGAAACUUAAAUAAAUGCUUUAAAUAUAUUUAUACAGUUUUGUUCACAGCAUUGGAAGAGCUUUAAAAACGACAAAAACAUUGAAGAAAGCAAGUGUGACAGUCGAACCUGGCACGCUGACAGUACUCGGUGUAAAAAGCGACAAAAAUGUCAAAGCGUGGAAAGCUUUAAAAAAAACAAGGUAAAAAAAUGUUUCAUUCAAAGCUCACAUAAUAAGUGAUUCUAGGAAAAGGAUCCCUACAGAGAUAGAAAAAAAAAUAUGUCGUUUAACAUGAAACAGACCAGAAAUCCCCAUACCCACCAGUCCCUAUUUAAAUGAACAGUAACUUUAUCAUCAUAAAAUUCACUUAAAUCAAAGUUAAAUAAAACAAAAUAAAACUAUCAAGAGC